AUGAGCCAUCAAGACUUUACACCAAAGAAAUUAGUAAAAGAUGUUGAUCCAACGAAAGUUCAAAAGUUCAAGGAAUCAUUUAAUGGUGAAAUCACCAAAGUAUUGAUGGAAAGUGAUGAGGGUUAUGAAGCGAGUCUGAAAAGAUGGGCCCUAAAUGCAGAAAAAAAAGCUGGAAUCGUGGUUCAACCCACUUGUGUUGAUGACAUCACCAAAACCGUGAAUUUUGCUAAUCAAAAUAAUUUGGAUUUCGCCGUAUGUGGAGGCGGACAUUCAACUUCCGGAAGUUCAAGUUCCGAAGGAGGAGUUUUACUAGAUAUGAGAAAAUUGAACAAAGUUAGAGUUGAUGUUGAAAAGAAAUUGGUUUAUGCUCAAGGAGGAGCAUUAUUUGGUGAAGUUGAUCAAGAAGCUUGGAAACAUGGGUUGGCCAUUGUGGGUGGCGCGGUUGAUCAUACCGGAAUUGGUGGGUUAACUUUGGGCGGUGGUUUUGGUUACUUGACAGGUCAACACGGAUUGGUAAUUGAUAAUUUGAUGGGAGCCACGAUAAUUACCGCGGAUGGAAAAGUGAGAGAAUUAUCAUCCAACACGAAUGAAGAUUUAUUUUGGGCAAUUAAAGGAGCCGGAACCAAUUUCGGAGUUAUCUAUGAAUUUAUUUUUAAAGCGCACGAACAAAAAGAAGUUUUCGCCGGUCUUUUAAUGUUUCCUAUCGAUAAAGUGGAUAACCUCGUUGAAGCUACCAAUUUAUGGUAUAAAAAUCGUGGACCGGAUGAAACUUUGAACUUAGUAUUUGGUAGACUUCCUCCAGAAUUUUCGCCGAUUAUCGGUCUGAUGUUAUUUUCCAAUGAUCCAUCCGAAAAAGUAUUUAAAGAAAGGUUUUCAAUGUUUUAUAAAUGUGGAGAACCCAUUAUGGAACAGGUGAUGAGUAUGCCAUAUCCUAAGGUGAAUACUUUGGCAAAUCCAUUCAUGACCCAUGGAGAUCGUAAAGCAAUCCGUGGCGCGCAUUUUACUCAUCUAAGCAUCGCAAACGUUCGUGAGGUUUUGGAUUCUUACAUUAAAUUUACUGAUGAUCCGACGAGGAAUCAAACAUUUAUAUCAUUUGAAUUUUAUGAUUCCAAGAAAUUUGCUUCUGUGGCCGCUGAUUCCACAGCAUUUGCUCAUCGUAAACCAUUAUUUAAUGCGGUGAUAACUCAAAGAUGGGUAAAUGAACAAGAUGAUGAAAUCAUGAACGGUUGGUCGAAGAAUAUACAAGAGAUCAUUUGUAGGGAUGGGGACGGCGAGCAAUCCCUUUAUUCUAAUUUUGAGAGUACCAUGGACAAUACAGACAAUAAGGAAGAAAAGUUGAUAAGAUAUUUUGGUGCGAAUUUGGAGAAAUUGAAAGAAUUAAAAAGAAAGUAUGAUCCAAAUGUAUUCUUUAGGAAAGGACUCGUCAUUUGGCCGUAG